ACACUCUACCGCGGCGUAGCCCUUGUCUUUUCGCAAGUCUUGCUUUGCUUCUGCGUUGCGCAAAAAUGGUCCUUGUUGAUAAAGCUCUACAGCUACUAAUAUGGAUUUGCACCACCCACCGUCGUGCAGUCGUCCUGGCCCUGGUACUAGGCCUUGUCAUACAAUUCAUCAUUCGUUUCUUCCGCAAAGCAUUUAGCAAACGGGGGCCAAAUCCCUUCGCUCGUGAUACUCGAAGGGCCCCAGAGCCUCUCGUCUUGGAUCAGAGCGAGCGCGAUAGAAUCCUCAAGCAAGGGUUUGUGGCAAAGAAGAUACCGGAUGAGGUAGAUGCAGUGGUGAUAGGUAGCGGAAUCGGAGGCAUGACUUGUGCUUCCCUCCUAGCCAAGACUGGGAAGAAAAUCCUGGUAUUAGAACAACAUGAUCAAGCGGGGGGGUGUUGUCACACAUUCCACGAGAAAGGCUUUGAAUUCGACAGUGGCAUCCACUACAUUGGUGAGAUGAUGUCAAACAGUGCUAUCAAGUUUCUGAUUGACCAAAUAACAGACGGACAACUUUUAUGGUCCCCACUAGAGAAACACUAUGACACUGUGGCAAUUGGGGAUAUGGCUAAGCCAAAGCUUUUUCCUAUCAUGAGUGGGCGUGAAGAAUUUAGAAAUGCACUGUAUGAGAAGUUUCCUAAGGAGAAAAAGGCAAUUGACCAGUACAUAGUUCUACUUAAGGAAGCCAGGAAAAACAUGGUUGGACUGGUGACCAUCAAGUCUCUCCCCAAGUGGCUUGGAAACUUACUAAUAAGGACUGGGUUGGUUCAUUAUGUCACUGGGUACUUCAAAAUGUCUGCCAAGUCCUUGACCCAUGUGUUGAAUGAGCUGACGAGUGACAAGGAUCUCAAGGCUGUCCUCGCCUACUGCUUUGGGGAUUAUGGCACCUUGCCAGCCGAUGCCAGCUUUGCCAUGCAUGCUACUCUUGUGAACCACUUCUUGUAUGGGUGUGCCUAUCCGCGUGGGGGAGCUAGUGAGAUUGCAUUCCACAUCAUUAGAUCUCUUCAAAAAAACAACAGUACCAUUCUAGUACGAGCAAAUGUCAAGCAGAUUCUUCUUGAUGAGACUACUGGAUCUGUGAAAGGGGUUCGUGUUGAAAAGAAGUCUGGGGACAUUGACAUUUAUGCCCCACUGGUGGUUUCUGGAGCAGGGUUCUUCAACACUUACAAGAAGCUGCUUCCUCAGUCAGUGUCUCCUCUGAAGCAGGUGCUGUCUGAAACACGUGGAAUCCAGCAUGGAAUAGGAGCCAUGUCAGUCUAUGUAGGGCUGCAUGGAACAAAGGAGGAGCUGGGCCUCAAGGCGCGCAACAUGUGGGCCUUUACUGGGAAUGAUCUGGAUAGCAUCUGCAGUGAGUACCUUGGCCUGGAUGGAGAUGCUGCUGGUAACGAGGAUAUACCUCUCCUAUUCAUCUCAUUCCCGUCCACUAAGGACCCCGAGUGGGACAAGAGGCAUCCUGGCAAGUCUACCUGUACAAUCAUCACUCUCGCACGCUACGAGUGGUUUGAACAAUGGGAGAAUGAGCGCGUCAUGAAACGAGGCGCCGACUACGAGCUACGCAAACAACGUAUCGGUAAGCGCAUGUGGGAACAGACGUGUCGCUUCUUCCCGAAUCUAGAAGACAAGGUGGAGUACUUUGAUGUGGGAAGCCCGGUCAGUAACAAUUACUACAUCGCGUCGCCACGAGGGGAAAUUUAUGGAAUUGACCACAACGUAGAGCGGUUCAGUCCAGAGAGUGCAGUAAACCUCCGGCCCGAGACCGCUAUUCCAGGACUGUACUUGACAGGACAAGACGUGCUGUCGUGUGGUUUUGCCGGCGCCAUGUUCGGCGGCUUGUUUACUGCGUCAACUAUCCUUAACCGAAACCUCAUGGCCGACUUGAUGGAUUUGCGCAAGCGCACUAGCGCAAAGUGAACAAGGAACGUGGCCAUCAUGUCAAUCAUUUUUGAUAAUGAACACGUGAUUUAGCACAUCAUAUACACUUUGAAAAGGAUUGUGAACAGUUCAGUAAUUUAUUUAGAUAAAUUGAAAACAAAUAAAAUGUGGUUUCCGUUGAACCUA